CUCACGCGCACGAAUGGUUAAAGUAAAAAAGAAAAAAAAAAAGGGUGUGAGGCUCGAGCCCGCCAGCCAGGCCUCUAGCACCUAGCGCGCGCCCUCAGCGAAGACCCGCGCGAGCUGCCCUGUACUGUGCCUGCGCUGUUUGAAACUGCAGAACCCGUUAGGAUCUUGGGAAAACUACCGUUUCAGCUGACUCCGGAGCUCAUGCGAACCAGGGUGGCGGGGCGAGUGGCGGUCACGAGGCGGCUCUCGCCUUUCGUGGCUCUGCAGCGUGGAGAUUAGAACCGGCAUUUUCGAAAGACGCCGCCUUCAGUAGUAGCGCUGGCGCGGGCGUAGGCUAAACACGGGGGUCCUGAGACGGAGGAAAACGCGCCAAGUUCCCCUCGGUGGUAGAGUGUGAGAGACCCUAGCUGUUCAGGCUCAUCGCAAGAGGGGCCGCUUAGUCCUGCGCUCAUUUUUCCCGGGGCGGGCGCUAGCGGCCGCCGCUCCGGGAAUGUAGUUGGUGGCGGUGCACGGCAGGAGCGAGUGGCGGCCCGGGUUCCCGCUCUUGAGAGCGGAUGGUCACUCCCCUGCGGGGAGGGCGAUCCGGCCAGCUUUUUCUCGGGUCGGGGACCCGGGCUCGCAGCCGGGACUCACCUGUCGCUCCCACACCCGUCCCUAUUGGACUAGCCGGCGUCACCGCCGCGGAUCUCGCUUUGGGCCAUGACUAGAUAUAACUGGUGAUUACAACUUGCCUCCAUAAACUUAAUUCCUGUCAACUUCUUGGGAUUUUAAGAGAAAAUGCCUGGUGUCAUACCAAGUGAAAAUAAUGGACUUUCAAGAGGAGGUAGUCCAUCAAAGAAGAACAGACUUUCCCUGAAGUUUUUUCAGAAAAAGGAAACUAAGAGAGCCUUGGAUUUCACAGAGCCUCAAGAAAAUGAAGAGAAAGUUUCCGAAUAUAGUGGAUCUGAAAUUGAUCAAGUUGUUCCUGCAGCACAGUCCUCACCUAUAAGCUGUGAGAAGAAAGAAAACUUGCUACCGUUUGUGGGAUUGAAUAAUCUUGGCAAUACUUGUUACCUUAAUAGUAUACUUCAGGUAUUAUAUUUUUGUCCUGGUUUUAAAUCUGGAGUGAAGCACUUAUUUAAUGUUAUUUCAAGGAAGAAAGAAGUACUAAAGGAUGAAGCCAGUCAAAAAGAUAAGGGAAAUUGCAAAGAAGAUUCUUUGGCAAGUUAUGAACUAAUAUGCAGUUUACAGUCCUUAAUCAUUUCAGUUGAACAGCUUCAGGCUAGUUUUCUCUUAAAUCCAGAGAAAUAUACUGACGAACUUGCUACUCAGCCAAGACGACUGCUUAACACACUCAGGGAACUCAACCCUAUGUAUGAAGGAUAUCUACAGCAUGAUGCACAGGAAGUAUUACAGUGUAUUUUGGGAAACAUUCAAGAAACAUGCCAACUCCUAAAAAAAGAAGAAAUGAAAAAUGUGGCAGAAUUAUCCACUAAGGUAGAAGAAAAACCCCAUCAGAAAGAGGAAACAAGUGGUAUUAACACAGAAAUGGACGAUUCGACGCAUUCUGAAGAAUAUAAAGGAAAACUUCCAAAAGGGAAUGCAAAAAGAAAAAGUGACACUGAAUUUGGUAACAUGAAGAAAAAAGCUAAAGUAUUCAAGGAUUAUCAGUCAUUGGAAGAGAACCAGAGACAAACUAGAUCCAAAAGGAAAGCUACAGGUGAUACAUUAGAAAUUCCUGCAAAAAUAAUCCCCAAGUAUGUUUGUGAAAAUGAGAGUGCAAGGCCCUCACAAAAGAAAUCGAGAGUUAAAAUAAACUGGUUAAAGUCUGCAACUAAGCAACCCAGCAUUCUUUCCAAAUUCUGUAGUCUGGGGAAAAUAACAACAAACCAGGGAUCCAAAGGCCACUGUAAAGAAAAUGAAUAUGAUCUUCAAGGGAAUAGUGAGAAGUGUGCAAGUGAUAAUCACACUUUAAAGGUUAAUGGUUGUGGACUUGACUCUCCAGGGAAUAAUGUCAAACCCAUUAACGUUAAUGAAGAUAAGGCCAUAAACAAAGGUGCGGAGCAAAUUGGUUUUGAGCUUGUGGAGAAAUUAUUUCAAGGUCAGCUGGUAUUAAGGACUCGGUGCUUGGAAUGUGAAAGUUUAACAGAGAGAAGAGAAAAUUUUCAGGACAUCAGUGUGCCAGUACAAGAAGAUGAGCUUUCCAAAGUAGAGGAGAGUUCUGAAAUUUCUCCAGAACCAAAAACAGAAAUGAAGACCCUGAGAUGGGCAAUUUCACAAUUUGCUUCAGUGGAGAGGAUUGUAGGGGAAGACAAAUAUUUCUGUGAAAAUUGCCAUCAUUAUACUGAAGCUGAACGAAGUCUUUUGUUUGACAAAAUGCCUGAAGUUAUUACUAUUCACUUGAAGUGCUUUGCUGCUAGUGGCUUGGAGUUUGAUUGUUAUGGUGGUGGACUUUCCAAGAUCAACACUCCUUUGUUGACACCCCUUCAUUUGUCACUGGAAGAAUGGAGCACAAAGCCAACCAACGACAGCUAUGGAUUAUUUGCAGUUGUGAUGCACAGUGGUAUCACUAUUAGUAGUGGGCAUUACACUGCUUCUGUUAAGGUAACUGACCUUAACAGUUUAGGACUAGAUAAAGGAAAUUUUAUCGUAGCCCAAAUGUGUGACAUAAGUAAGGCAGAACCAUUGAAUGAGGAGGAAGCAAGGGGUGUGGUUGAAAAUUGUGAUGAUGAAGAAGUAUCUAUUAGAGUCAGUGGAAAUACACAGCCAAGUAAAGUUCUAAACAAAAAAAAUGUGGAAGCUGUUGGACUUCUUGGAGGACAAAAGAGCAAAGCAGAUUAUGAAUUAUACAACAAAGCAUCUAAUCCUGAUAAGGUUGCUGGUAUAGCAUUUGUUGAAAGUCGAAAUUCUGAGAAUAACAGUAGUAAUGGGACCCAUGAAUCUGAUAGCAACAAGGAGUCCAGUGAACAAACAGGCAUUAACAUUAGUGGAUUCGAGAAUAAAAUUUCAUACGUAGUGCAAAGCUUAAAGGAGUAUGAGGGAAAGUGGUUGCUAUUUGAUGAUUCUGAAGUGAAAGUUACAGAAGAGAAAGACUUCUUAAAUUCUCUUUCCCCUUCCACAUCUCCUACAUCUACUCCUUACUUGUUAUUUUAUAAGAAAUUAUAG